AUGUGGGAGAAAAGCAAGAUCCUCGUGAUCGGAGGGACAGGGCUUCUCGGCAAACUCCUGGUCGAAGCGAGUGUCAACUCGGGUCACCCGACGUAUGCUCUCGUCCGGAAAGCAUCUCUUUCUUGUCCCGACCAGUCUAACCUCGUCGAGAGUUUUAAACAUCUCGGUGUCCACAUACUCUAUGGGGAAUUGGAGGAUUACGAGAGUGUAGUGAAGGCGAUUAAACUAGUCGAUGUGGUGAUAUCGAGUGUUGGCCACUCACAAAUAUUCAAUCAGAUCAAGAUCAUCGAUGCCAUCAAGGAAGCCGGUAACGUUAAGAGAUUUUUUCCAUCGGAUUUCGAGACCGACGUGGACCGGACAACCGUGGUCAAGCCGGGGCGAUCAUUCUUCUCGGCCAAAGCUCAAAUCCGACGAGCCAUAGAAGCCGAAAGAAUAGCACACACCUUUGUAUCUUGCAACUGCUUUGCGGGUUAUUUCCUACCAACGUUGGUUCAAUUCAAUCAAACCCUAACUUCUCCACCUAGAGACAAAGUUACCAUUUAUGGUGAUGGUAAUGCCAAAGCCAUUAUCAAUAAAGAAGAAGAUAUCGCUGCCUACACAAUAAGAGCAGUCGAUGACCCAACAACACUGAACAAAGUCCUCUACGUCAACCCUCCCGACAACAUCGUUUCAAUGAAUGAUUUGGUUACUCUGUGGGAAAAUAAAAUCGGAAAAACCCUCGAAAAAACGUAUUUUCCCGAGGAGGAACUCCUCAAGCAAAUCCAAGAGUUGCCAACACCCAUCAACGCCAUCUUAUCUAUGAUUCAUGCAAUCUUUUGUGAAGGGUGA